ACUUAAAAGUAGUAAACAUGUUUCUAUAAACUGUACAUAUCUAUAUGUAACCAUGUACAUAUAUAUGUAUUUAUACGCUCAUAUUAAGUGAGUAAUGUUGACAUUUUUUUAAAAUGAAAUUUUAGAAACAAUUUAUCAAAAAGUUAUAUUUUAUUAGAAAAUAUAUAUGUUAAGUUUACUGUUAACAAACAUAUUAUUCGCAAAAUCAGGAAUGACUUUAUUUAAGAUCAAUCCGUAACAUGGUAAUUUAGAAUUUGACUAAUUUGUGCUAUAGAUUUAAUAGCAAAUUAAUUCUUAUAGCAAAAUAGAAUAAAAUAGUGUAUAUAUAUAAGUAAUAUAUGUAUAUAAUAACGUAACGAAAUGUUAGCUACGUUCUUUCUUUCGAAGAGUACUAAAACUCAAAUUAUAUUGCCAUUUCAAAGGUUAAAUAUUACGUUUAAUGUAAUAAGAACUAAUUUGUCAUCAUCAUCAUCUGAUUCUUCUUCUUCUGAUUCUGAUUCGGAUUUGGAUGCUGAAAUUUCUAAUGGAAUUAGAGAUAAAUUAAGAGGUACAGACUACUUACAAAGUGCAAAAGCAGCACGAAAAAGAAGACAAAUAGAGCAUGAGUUAACCAAAGCAGCCCAAAUUUUAACUACAGCAUCAGACCAAGAUAAAGGAAAAAUUCUUUCAGUUUUGUUAGAUACUAUCAAUAAAAUUCAGACUAUAGAUAAUACAUCCAGUAAAAGGUUUAAUAAAGAAGCUAAAGAUAAGACAAGGACUAUUAAUAAUGAAUCUAAAGAACGACAAAAAUUAUCUACAAUUCGUAAGCUACAAAGUCAGCAAAAGGAAGUAAGGCAUGUUAGUGAUAGGUUUGAAAGAAAAUAUGAAACACAAAAGCGACCAUCAAUAAUUGGAAUGCUUAAAAGCCAGUCAAGUAUGAGAAAGGAUAUUGAUGAUAAGUUUGAAAUGAAAUAUGAAAGACGAAUGGAACCAUCUAUCAUUCAUAAGCUUCAAAGUCAGCAAAAGGAAGUAAAGGAUGUUAGUGAUAAGUUUGAAAGAAAAUAUGAAACACAAAAGGAACCAUCAAUAAUUGAAAUGCUUAAAAGCCAGUCAAGUAUGAGAAAGGAUAUUGAUGAUAAGUUUGAAAUGAAAUAUGAAAGACGAAUGGAACCAUCUAUCAUUCAUAAGCUUCAAAGUCAGCAAAAGGAAGUAAAGGAUGUUAGUGAUAAGUUUGAAAGAAAAUAUGAAACACGAAAGGAACCAUCAAUAAUUGAAAUGCUUAAAAGCCAGUCAAGUAUGAGAAAGGAUAUUGAUGAUAAGUUUAAAAAGGAAUAUGAAAGACGAAUGGAACCGUCUGUCAUUCAUAAGCUACAAAGUCAGCAAAAGGAAGUAAGGGAUGCUAGUGAUAAGUUUGAAAGAAAAUAUGAAACACAAAAGGAACCAUCAAUAAUUGAAAUGCUUAAAAGCCAGUCAAGUAUGAGAAAGGAUAUUGAUGAUAAGUUUAAAAAGGAAUAUGAAAGACGAAUGGAACCGUCUGUCAUUCAUAAGCUACAAAGUCAGCAAAAGGAAGUAAGGGAUGCUAGUGAUAAGUUUGAAAGAAAAUAUGAAACACAAAAGGAACCAUCAAUAAUUGAAAUGCUUAAAAGCCAGUCAAGUAUGAGAAAGGAUAUUGAUGAUAAGUUUAAAAAGGAAUAUGAAAGACGAAUGGAACCGUCUGUCAUUCAUAAGCUACAAAGUCAGCAAAAGGAAGUAAGGGAUGCUAGUGAUAAGUUUGAAAGAAAAUAUGAAACACAAAAGGAACCAUCAAUAAUUGAAAUGCUUAAAAGCCAGUCAAGUAUGAGAAAGGAUAUUGAUGAUAAGUUUAAAAAGGAAUAUGAAAGACGAAUGGAACCGUCUGUCAUUCAUAAGCUACAAAGUCAGCAAAAGGAAGUAAGGGGUGCUAGUGAUAAGUUUGAAAGAAAAUAUGAAACACAAAAGGAACCAUCAAUAAUUGAAAUGCCAAAAUAUGAAACUCUGAGAAAAUCAUCUAUAGUUGCAAAACUAAUGAGCCAGCAAAAGGGAUCCAGUAUCAUUGAUGAUAAUGAGAGAGAUAAUAUAGUUUAUGAAAGAAUCUUCGACGAUUUUCCGGAAAAUACCGAUGUUCCUAAACUUAAAAUGUGGGACACUUGGGAAAGGGAACAAUUGCAAUUUUUAACAUCUAAAUACCCUACAAAUGCAUUUCAAGAAAUGAUUCAAUGGUCUAAAGAAGGAAAACUAUGGAAAUUUCCUAUAGAUAAUGAACAAGGGAUGGAAAAGGAGCAAAAUGUGCAUUUCUCAAAGCAUGUAUUCUUAGAACGUGAGUUGAUACCAUGGUGUCCUCCUAAGGGUCCAAUACGACAUUUUAUGGAAUUGGUAUGUGUUGGACUUUCAAAGAACCCAUAUAUGACAAUUGAAGAAAAGUAUAAUCAUAUAAUGUGGUAUAAAAAUUAUUUUAACGAUAAACAUGAUUUAUUAGAAAAAUUAGGAAUUUUAGGAUAGAACUAGUACAAAAAACUGGCAGAAGAAAAAAAAUUGAAAUGUAUUAACUGUUUUUUAAAAAUAAAAAUGAAAUAAAAUGAUACACAUAAUUA